GUAAAAUUAGCCUCUGUCAAAAUUUGUUUCUCACGCAGUUACAAAAAAUAUGAAGAAGAUUGUUUCUAACCUAUAGAAAAAUAAUAGUAACUCUCUCAUUAUAGGGUGUCAUAUUGUGAAUAGAUUUUCAGGUUUUACCCUGACUGCGUUCCACAAAUGCAUAUGUUUUAUAAAAAAAUUAGAGUCAUCAAAGCAUUCACUCAAUUUAAUAUUUAAUAGUUUUUUUUCCUUGAUUUACUUUCGUGGUAUAUGAAAUUGGUGUUAAUCGAACAUACAGUAAAUCCAAACCGAUUCGAGUGGUAUCUGUUUUCUUUACACAUAAGCGUAUACAUGUUCAUAAAUGACUUAACAAGAACCAAAGCACAUGUGGUUCGAAACAUCAACCGCUGUCAGCAAAAGAACUUUCUUAAUGAUAAAUCUUUAUUUAACAAAAUCAAAUAUUUGUAAAGGAAAAAAUAUCCCCUGAACUUUUAUGUACAAUAAAAUUAGUUUACUAAGAAUUUACUAAUGGAGAACUUCUCGGGCUAUGGGAAUUCACCACUAGCUAUAUCACCUUAAGCUGCUUACAAUGUUCAACUCUCAUAAAUAAUCAAAGAAUGAAUAACGAACUACUUAUCUCUUAUGAGUUCUCACAUCAAACAAGACUUUCAGGAGCAACUCUCCAGCACACACUCCAAGUCUACAUCUACAUGCUCAACAUACAACAAUCUAUCAUUGAUUUCUAACUAUUAUCUAUCACCAACCAUCAAGAUAAUAAAUUUCGAUUUUUUAUUCUACUGUCGCUAAUCACUAUCAAAGAAAUCAGAAAAAAAUCUUAUUCUCUUUCAACAUAUAUGAUUUUUUUUGUAACGGUAUAGCAUAUAAGUUCAUGUAUUCGCUAAUCAUUAUCAAAUGAAUUAUAAAUUUAUUUCAGAAUAAAAUAUACGAACCCGGCGCGUAGCGCCGGAAUACCACUAGUAAGUAAUAAACCAUGAAAUGCAAUGUAAAUAAUAAAAACAUCUCAUUUCCGUAUGUUAUGUGAUCUGAUUGUAAUAGUAUCUAUAAAGAUGCAGAAUAUCCAUGAGUGUUAUACCUUUACAUUACAAAAUAAGAUGGACUUGACGAAUAAUGUUCUCACUAGUGCUUAAUUUAACUCAAGAAAUUCUAACAAAAAUGAUUUAAAAAAGAAUGAUACUCUAUAUAUAUACUUGAGCUACUUACUCAUUAGUUCUCAUCCUAGAAUCUUGUUGGCUUCUGUCUCAGAUUAUCCGCAGAUAUCAUUUUAAGGUUUGUCUCAAUUCUGUUUAUAAAGUUUGAUAUUUCUUUAAUUUGUUUUUAGAAUUCCCGGUUCCAUCAGACCAGAUAUGUUUCAUUGAUUAACAGAUUUUACAUUUUUUAUUGAUUUAAUAAAUAAUAAAAAAAUUCACCAUUGAUGGUUACAGAAGAGCUCAGAAAGCGUGUGAGCUAGUGUAGAUCGAUUGGUCAGCGAUCAUGGCGGGUCGCAACAUAGAGAAGAAGGCAUCGAUAGAUUCACAGCUUCGGCAACUUGUUCCUGCUAAAGUGAGUGAAAAUGAUAAGCUUAUCGAGUAUGAUGCUCUUCUCCUUAAUCGCUUCUUGCUGAGUAUGAAGGCAACCAUGAGUCUAAGAAGCUUGAGGAACUUGGGAAAGUCCUUACUAGUUUGGACGUCAACUGCUGAGUAAUGGAAUCUCUGAUAUCCCUGAAGAAGCUACUUUCACCAAUGUGGAACAUGUAAGAAACAUGUACUAAGUUUUUUUCUUUUGACCAAAACAUGUACUAAAGUUGUUGCAUGACUCUAAUAACAUGUGUGUUUACUGUUCUUUGUUUUACUUACGCAGUUAUUGGAGCCUCUUGAGUUAUGUUACCGAUCACUAUGUUCAUGUGGUGUCCAAUAGAGUUGAUGGAACCUUUCUUGAUUUCUUGAGGCAAGUCUCUACCUUUGGACUCUUCCUUGUGAGGCUUGACAUUAGGCAAUAGUCUGA